GUUGUCUUCAAUGAUACAAGUGACGUUAAUGAUCCAAGUGACGUUAAUGAUCCAAGUGACGUUAACGAUACAAGUGACUUCAAUCAUCCAAGUGACGUUAACGAUACAAGUGACUUCAAUGAUCCAAGUGACGUCAACGAUCCAAGUGACUUCAAUGAUCUAAGUGACGUCAACGAUACAAGUGACUUCAAUGAUCCAAGUGAAGUCAACGAUACAAGUGACUUCAAUGAUCCAAGUGACGUCAACGACACAAGUGACUUCAAUUAUCAAGUGAUGUUAACGAUACAAAUGACUUCAAUGACACGUUUACGUUUUUGGACCACGUCGCAUGUGCACACAUUAGACACUAAUAAUUACCUACUUUACAUUUACUAAACUGUCGGCUAUACAAACAUGUUGAAAUCAUUCAGCCCAUACGAGACAGACUUGGCAGUCCCCACACAAUACGCCGGUGAUCAGGAGACAUAUUACUGGUAUCAGAUUGCAUGAUCGCGUGCAGAUCGGACCAAUCAGCCACACAAACCAUGCCUUGGAGUUUGGCAGUUUGCGUGCUUGUGUCGUCUCUGCGAGGAUUCGUCUUGGUUCUCAACAGGUCAACCAAACCAGCUGGGCUCUACACACACUUAAUCUUGUAUCGAAAUGUACACCAAGCAGCCCUUGUUGAAAUAACAAUAAUAUGCAUAAUGUUUGGGGUCUUUUUUAAAACGUUUUGAAUCGAGUCAAACAUCCAUGACUGGCGCCAGUUCAUUUCCAACACUAAAGAGGCAUUAUUUAUAUAUUUUUUCUCUUAUUCGAUUUACGCACCAUUAACGUUUAGUCCUCGCACAAGAACUCAUAUCCAAUCACUUCCUUGUUCCACCCUCUUUCACCUUGCUGGCCGUCAGUGAAGUAGUCUUGCAGUGGAUUCAGACAUAUAUUUACAUAUGAUCUGCUUAUUGCAUCGAACACAACAACGCACAGCUACAGUUUGGGAUCCUAUGUUUUUAGUUUGAUUCCAAUUUCUGAUUAGCUUUAGGAGAAGUCCCUCUAUCUAACGAAGCAAUCGAGAAGACCCGGUGUCCAGUAUUGCGCAGUUGGGUCGUCAUUUGGAAACGUUUGUUUAAGUGGAACGAUACAAUAUGGCUAUCACAAUAUUCAUCUUCAUUUGUCUACUCGGAGUGUUGCCCUUUACAGAUAGUCUUCUGUGCUAUCAGUGCAGUGCAACUGGUGGCAAAGGCGAGUGUAUAAACGGACAUGACAACUUUCUGAAAGUGUCCAGACAUGUCUUGGCUGCCAAAAAUAACACUGGCGCCGUCAUUGUGGACGAUUCCGGAAGUCAGGCUAAUCAUUACAAGAACUGCGACACCUUCGUCAACAGAACCAUGUGUAUGAUUGAAGAGGUCCGGAAUGGAAUUGCCGGAACUAUUUUAAGCUACAUCCGGGAUUGUUCUGACGGAAGUACGUUCUCCUUUGAUUUGAAAAUCCUGAAGAACCUGAGUCCCUCGAACUUCACCACCUGCGGCUACGACAACCGUGGCUACCAGGUGUGCGUCACCCUGUGCAACUCCACCGACCUCUGCAACGGACCUCAGAACAUCACAGGAGCAUCAGGAUGCCCUACUCUAAACGUGCUGCUGUAUCUUCUAUGUGUAUUUACUGUCUGUAUGAAGGAGUAGAUGCACCUGAAGAGGAUCGACCAUUGCUUCCACCUUUUGGCUCUUAUGUAAGAACCAUGGAAUUUUUAAGUUAAAGAACUGCAAGUCUCAGCAAUCGAACCAGAGUUAAUUGUAGAUCGGGAACAAUUUUAUAGACAUUUAUUUUUGCUAGGGGUGACUUUUCCAUUGAUGGCUACAUAUAUUUGUUUAUUUUUUUUUUUUUUUUUU